GAGCCGCAACGACCUUUAUAUACCAUCAACAUCACUCAGUCGAGUGUAUAUAUUGUGUAUACAUUGUGAGAUCGUUUUGUAUUGGAUGACAAUUUGAGCUCAGAAUGGGAACAAAAUUGUUUGUGACACAUGGAAGAGGUCUGAAUACGUUUGCUGCCCAGGAGAUCAGUGAGAGUAUUCCCAAUGUGUGUGAUAUUCAGUCACUGGGAGAAGGUAAGCUGUCGUUUGUCAUUAAACACUCGCCUAGUGGACUGCACCAUGGAAAUAUUGCAAAGGAAGAUUAUUGCAAGGCAGAGACUGGAAAGAAUGACGAGUUGAGCGAUAACUUAAAGUAUCAAGAGGGAGAUGAUUUUGUUAAUAUCAUGGCCCCGGUGUUCAAGUUGAAAAUGGUGGAACGAAUCUUCAUGUUGCUGCAUUGUGAACAGAUUUGUACAGAUGUUUUGUUUGGUGAUAGUAGCAAGGCCAGAUCUGUUGAUGCAGAACCAAAUCUGGAUAUAGUAUGCAGUUCCGUGGAAGAAUCAGUGGCUGGACUAUACUCGGAACAGAUGGGUGGGAAGGUAUCGGAUUGUGAGAUGUCGGAUUGUAAGAAGCCUUUUAGUGAAUCUUCAAGAUGUAGAAAGGCCAUUUUAAAAGAAUGUGUUUCACUGGCACAGAAGUCUCUCUCAUUACGGCGUUAUAUUCCACAUCUUACACUGCGCUCUACAAUCUGCUACCUGAUGGCUAAGCUUUCUCAAAUAUCCCCUGGAUGCGUGCUCCUCGAUCCCAUGUGUGGAGGGGCAACAAUUUUGUUGGAAGCUGCUACAAAUUUUGAGGUCAGUCACAUCAUAGCGAGUGACAUGAGUAUGGAUCAACUGGAGGUCAGCAGAUGCAACCUCAACAGUGUGGGCAUCCCUGUGAGUCUCCUUCUUGCUGAUGCUACUGCUCUGCCACUGCACAGUGAGUCUGUCGAUGCUAUUGUGUGUGACUUGCCGUUUGGUCAGAAGCAUAAAUAUGCAGUGGAUAUUACACAGCUGCUACGAGGAGUUCUCCUAGAGUGUCAGAGGUAA